AUGAAGGACAGUCUACACUGCCCAAGCAUUCUUCCCACCGACCACACUUCAGUACUUUCCGAUACUAGUACUUUGGUAGGAACGGGUUCGAAUGCAUAUUCGAAGCAUCAUCCUGACAACAGUUAUCACAACAACAUGAACAGCAACAUAUACCAUAGCCCCAAGGCCAGUAGUCCUUUAGUGAGCUAUAAGACAUCUUCGCCGGUACUACUGAAGAGAGCAACCGCUCCUGUACUACCAAGUUUUAAGCCCAAAGAACAACGAUAUAAUAAACCACAAGGUUGCUCGUUAAUAACUGCUGUUGAACUAGGCAAGAUAAUUGAAACUUUACCAAAUGAAAAGGUGCUCUUACUAGACGUCAGGCCGUUUACUGAACACGCCAAAUCCAUUGUUACGAACUCCAUUCAUGUUUGUUUGCCUUCCACGUUACUCAGGAGGAAAAAUUUCACUUUUUCCAAACUCUUAGACAACUUGACUCCCAGCGAGCAAGCCCUGUUGAGACGUAAACUGGCCAUCGAUAACCUUCGAAUUAUCAUUUAUGAUAGUACAGGAAAUCAAACGGAAAGUUCUGUUUCUUUACCUUGCUUCGGAAUAGCUUCCAAGCUAAUGGAGUUUGACACUAAGGCUAAAAAAACUGUUUCUAUAUUGAUGUGUGGUUUCCCUCAAUUCAAAAUUUUAUUUCCAGAUCACAUAAAGACUAAUACGUUUAACUCGAAUUGCCUUAGCUCAGCUGAACCUAAAAGCCCCAAGACAAACCUUAUCAAUAAUCUACACAACAUAGGGCCGCAUAUGACGGCGACAACACCACUAUCAUCCCCGCAAAUGAACCUCAAAUUGAAAGUUCCUGAUGAUAGUAGAUCAGAACAUUCAAACUUUUCCAAUUCUCCCUCUCCACGUAAUAUCCUAUCAGACUCCCCCAUGUCUUCGUCUUCCCCCAUAUCUGCCUUAUUUAAGUUCCAGUUGCCUGCACCACAAACAAACAUAAAUCAAAUAUUCAAAUUCUCGCAGAAUGAAGAAAUAAUGGAUCUAGAGACAUAUCUGAGUGCAGUCAACAUCAAAGAAGAACAUGAAAGAUGGUACAAUAACGAUUCUGCCAAAAAAACUUUACAAAACUUCCAAUUUCCAAAGAACCAAAAUUCUUUUGAAAAGGACACUAAUAAAGACAAAUUAGGCUUUCAGAUUAAAUACGAGAACCUGAGCAGAACCUACGAGAAAGAGGACAUUGACUCCGUUAUACCUGAAUGGUUCCAACAUCUGAUGACAAUUCCCAAGGUCGAAUUGGUUUCUCAGUUUCAAAAAUUAGAUUUCUUAGAGAAAAGACGCUUGAACCAUUCUGUUUCUUUCAAAAAAAAGGAAAACUCAUUUAUACUUGACAAGCAGUCGUCAUAUCCUGAGCAAUUGAGUUCAACUUCCUCUUCAACCAUCAUGCCCCCGAAAUUUCCUGACGUGAACAAAAUACAAAAGAGGUCGCACUCUCAGCCGAUAUUUACUCAGUACAGUAAGUAUAAAUCGAUGCUCAGUCUUGAAUCAGAUUCCGAUUCGGAGUCGGAUGACGUUAUAAUAUCAUCGGGUGUUGAAUUAGGGGCCAAAAAUAGGUACAAGGACAUUUUUCCCUACGAGCAUUCAAGAGUGAUCCUCAAAAAAGGUUCGCAAUCAUCAAAAGGCAUUAAGCAUUCACAUACUACUUCUGAUGGUGGUAUCCUUGACAAUUAUAUCAACGCAAACUAUUUGUCUCUGCCACGAUUUUCUGUUGAGCAAAAUUCAUCGUUUCAAACAACUACAACCACAACAAGAAGAGUGCGCUAUAUAGCCACACAAGCUCCCAUGCCCUCCACUGUACAUGAUUUUUAUACCUGCAUAUUAAAUAAUGGUGUUCCGUUGGUUCUCUCAUUGACAAACGAUUUUGAAAAUGGUAUCGAAAAAUGUUACCGUUAUUGGCAAGAUGGUAAUUAUAAUGGCAUUCACGUUAAAUUAUUAGAAAAAAUAAUAUUAAAAAUGCCUGACACUGGUUCUCCGAGGAAAAAAGUUACCGAAACACAAAAUAAUAAUUUAUUUUCAGUUAACGUUCACGGAAACAAUAAUAAUAAUAAUAAUAAUAAUUAUAACAUUAAUAAGGAUAAUAGUAAUGAUGAAGGAGAAGGAGAAGAUGAUGACGCAAUACUCAUAAGAAAGAUCCAGUUAAUUUAUCACGAUCAAGAGAAACCUUAUGAACUGUUGCAGAUUCAGGUGAAAAAUUGGCCUGAUCUGGGCACUUUACUAAAUCCUACCUCAAUCUUACAAGCAAUCAACGUAAAGAAUCAUAUAAUAGAUACGCUAUUUUCCAGAAAUUACUAUCACAACGACCAACUUCCCACUAUUUUAGUUCAUUGUUCCGCAGGUUGUGGAAGAACCGGUACUUUAUGUACAAUAGAUUCCAUUCUAUCAAACUUCGAAAUGUUUGAAAUGUUGCAGAAGGAAUUCGUUAAAUUAAAAUAUCCAGCAAAGUUAUUCGAUCCAAUUUCAUGGACAAUUAACAUUUUUAGAAAGCAGCGAAUAUCCAUGGUCCAGAAUAUUAACCAGUUUAUUUUCAUUUAUGACUGCUUGUUAUUUUAUUUCCGAUUACGUCUUGAUGACAUAACAGAGACAAAGAUUGGUGAUGGAAGUAACAAGGACAAUAUAUCAUUGAGUGCAUUGAUCAAGCAAAUCGAAAAAUUAGAGAUCUUGGAGACGUUUGUGGAUGAUAAAUUGAAAGAACUGCCACAAUAA